GAACAAUAUGGCGUAGGGUGACUCGGGUGAGGUAUCAAAGGUCGUCGGAAUGGAUUCGUCGGGAGGAUGGAUGGAUGAUUAAUCUUUAUUCUCAAUUUGCUUCAUUACCUUCGCACGUUUCGUAUGUUCUCAGUCGUGAUAUACAUUCUGCCUUUGAAUAUAUUUUUCGCCGAAGUGGGGGACAUGAAGUGCCCACUAUGGAGGUGGUAGAGUUAUUUAAUAAGUUCAAUGAGAGUCUAGGGUCAUACAUAUUUUCAAGAUGGAUUGGAAGAUUUAUAGAAGAAUAUCAAACGUCAAGAACAAUUUUUGUCAUCGCCACAACUCUGCUGCUCACUUUCUUAGUUGUAUCAAUCUUUGUGUUGCGCAAAUGGAAGAACAAGGAAUUUCUGCCGGAAGUGAAAGAGUUUGUUGGAGUGGGCUCCGGGAAGCCAAGAUUCAGGAAGAGAGACAAGGUUCUCUUUUAUGGCAGGAAAAUGUUGCGCAAAGUGAAGUCCAUCGGUGGUCAAGUACAUUCUACUGGACAGGGAAAGAAGAGGAGAGCGGUCAUGAGAUUUGCUCGUCGAUUAUUACAACUUAAGAAGGAAACCGCUCCGCAACAGCUCAAAGUAUUGGAACCACCUGCUGAAUAUUUGGAAGAAGACUUAGGACCCGGCGAGAGGGUACCGCCAGAUGCUCUAUAUAUGUUGCAAAGUAUUAGAGUGUUUGGCCAUUUUGAAAAACCAGUGUUUCUGAAGUUGUGCAAGUACACGGAAAUCAUGAAUUUACCCGCCGGCAGUACAUUGUUUAAAAUUGGAGAUCCCGAUGAGAAUUUAUUUAUAGUACAACAAGGUUUAGUCAAUGUAUAUAUUACUGGAUCCGAUGGCUCUCAAAUAUCUUUAAAGAUAGUGAAAACAGGAGAAUCUGUUACCAGUCUUCUUAGUUUCACUGAUGUACUUACCGGUCAUACAAGUACAUACAAAACUGUAUCUGCAAGAGCUGUGGAAGAUUCUAUCGUAGUAAAGUUACCAAUGUGCGCAUUCCAAGAAGUAUUUCAAGAUUAUCCUGAUGCCUUUGUUCGAGUCAUCCAAGUCAUUAUGGUACGUCUGCAGAGAGUCACCUUCACUGCGUUGCACCAAUAUCUUGGUCUUUCCGCGGAAUUAGUCAAUCAGGGAUCACACAAGAAGAAACAGAGUCCAUUCUCCGGCUCGCCAGUACGAUCAAGGACCAGAGAGAAUUUUGCUUUGCAGAACGAAGGCACUCCUGGUGCAUUUCCGAUCGGGACGUCGGAGAUGCACGAUAGCAGUGAUUUUUCUCAUCGCGACAUGCUUAAUACAAGUAGUUCUCAGCCUGUGCCGAUCCUUGGAAAUCGUCGAAGAAAAAAUAGUGCCGACUCGAAGAAUCAGAAUUUGAACAUGCAAUUGAGUCAGAAUUUGGCGGACAUGGUGCCAGAGUGCGACUCUCACUGGCCAGUUCCGUCUUCAUCAGCGUCCCAGCCGGGUCUCAGCCUCUUCACGUCGCAUACGGAGGCUCUUCAUUCGGGAAGUAUUUACCACGGUAAAAAGCGAUCGUCCAACGAGGGGGCACAGCAACAGCAGCAACAAUUGGACGAAGCGCAGCUCGUGCAGAUAGCCACCGAUGCGUUUGUCCGUGAACUCGGCAUAGAGGACGAGACGGUGCUCAAAGACAAAGUGCAGAUCAGAGAAGUACCGGCUGGCUUUUAUCUAAUGAAAGAAGAAUCUCACAAGGACGUCGCACUUGUGUACGUACUUUCGGGUUCGCUGAUAGUAAGUCAACGCGUAUCGGAGGGUCGGGACGCAGGUCAAGAGGUGCACAUGUUCAGCGCUCAUCAGGGCGAAAUCGUCGGUGGGUUAGCGCUGGUACUGACUGGCGAACCAUCCUUUUACACGAUCAGAGCGAAGCACCCCAGCCGCAUUGCGCUACUCAGCAAAUCAACGUUCUUCGCCAUCAUGCGAGAUCAACCUACGGUUGUGCUACACGUGGGCGCAAACCGUCGUUCGCAGAUUAAGUGGAUUUUGCUCUCGACUGGUUGUUUCUUCAAAGCGGUAGGCGUUUAUAGACAAGGGGAUGAAUCGGAUUCAACGUUCAUAGUGUUGAGCGGACGACUGCGAUCGGUGAUCACUUACAAAAAUGGCAAGAAGGAAACGGUUAGCGGAAUAUGGAAAGGCGACUUUG